AUGCGGCUUCGAAGUUGAACUAGGCGGCGGUGGGCCCACCGCUUCCAUUCUUCUCGCCUUUUUCUUCCACCGUUGCGAGUUCUCUCUGCCUGCGCUGCGGCUGCACCCUUCCCCAAGUCGGAUUUCCAUUGCAUUCUCGAUUCCAUUCCUUCCCCCUCCCCCUCUUUCUUCGACUUGGACUUGGCCUUCCUUCUUCCUCCUCAACCUCGACCUCGAUCUAGGUCUACGCUCCGCCCUCCGCCCCCCGCCCCCCGCCGCCGCCAGGGAGGGAGCCGGAGCCGGAGCCGAUCGAUGGCGUGGCUCCGCGCCGCCUCGGGCCUCGCCCGCCACGCCCUCCGCCGCCGCGUGCCCGUCGCUUCCCGUUUCUUCCACUCGGCGCGGCCGGCCUGGAGGUCCUCCGCCCCGGUGCCCCGCGCCGUCCCGCUGUCCAGGCUUACCGACAGCUUCCUCGACGGCACCAGCAGCGUCUACCUCGAGGAGCUCCAGCGCGCAUGGGAGGCCGACCCCUCCUCCGUCGACGAAUCCUGGGACAACUUCUUCCGCAACUUCCUCGGCCAGGCCGCGCCCUCCUCCGCCGGCCUCUCCGGCCAGACCAUCCAGGAGAGCAUGCAGCUCCUCCUCCUCGUCCGUGCCUACCAGGUUAACGGCCACAUGAAGGCCAAGCUCGACCCGCUCCGACUCGACGACCGCGCCGUCCCGGACGACCUCGACCUUUCCCUCUACGGCUUCACCGAAGCUGACCUCGACCGCGAGUUCUUCCUCGGCGUUUGGAGGAUGGCCGGUUUCCUCUCCGACAACCGCCCCGUCCUCACCCUCCGCGAGAUCCUCAGCAAGCUCGAGCAGGCCUACUGCGGCCCCAUCGGCUACGAGUACAUGCACAUCCCUGACAGGGACAAGUGCAACUGGCUAAGGGACAAGAUCGAGACCGCCAAGCUCAAGGAGUACAACAAGGACCGCCGCCUCGUCAUGCUGGACAGGCUCAUCUGGAGCACCCAGUUUGAGAACUUCCUCGCCACCAAGUGGGCCACUGCCAAGCGCUUUGGCCUCGAGGGCGGCGAGACCCUCAUCCCUGGCAUGAAAGAGAUGUUUGACAGGGCUGCCGACCUUGGCGUCGAGAACAUUGUAAUCGGCAUGCCACACAGGGGAAGGCUUAAUGUGCUUGGCAAUGUUGUCCGCAAGCCCUUGUCGCAGAUUUUCAGUGAGUUCACCGGUGGGACUAGGCCCGUCGAAGGCGAGGAUGGCCUCUACACUGGAACCGGUGAUGUCAAGUACCAUCUGGGCACCUCCUAUGACAGGCCAACUCGAGGUGGAAAGAGGAUCCACCUAUCGUUGGUUGCGAAUCCCAGUCACCUCGAGGCUGUCGAUCCUGUUGUCAUAGGCAAGACGCGGGCAAAGCAAUUUUACUCCAAUGAUCUUGACAGGACAAAGAACAUGGGCAUUCUCAUCCAUGGAGAUGGCAGCUUUGCUGGGCAGGGUGUUGUCUAUGAGACACUUCAUCUGAGUGCCCUUCCAAGCUAUACAACUGGAGGAACCAUCCACAUCGUUGUCAAUAACCAAGUUGCCUUCACAACAGAUCCAAGAGCCGGCAGAUCUUCGCAGUAUUGUACGGAUGUUGCCAAAGCCUUGAACGCUCCUAUAUUCCAUGUAAACGGUGAUGAUCUGGAGGCAGUUGUACGAGUUUGUGAGCUUGCAGCUGAGUGGCGCCAGACUUUCCAUUCUGAUGUGGUAGUCGAUCUGAUCUGUUACCGACGAUUUGGACAUAAUGAAAUCGAUGAGCCCUCCUUCACACAGCCAAAGAUGUAUCAGGUUAUUAAGAACCAUCCUAGUUCAUUAAAGCUUUAUGAACAGAAACUGCUAGGAACAGGCGAAGUCUCAAAAGAAGACGUUCAGAAGAUCCACGAGAAAGUCAACAGAAUCCUGAAUGAAGAGUUUGCAAAAAGCAAAGAUUAUGUUCCCAAUAAGAGGGACUGGCUUUCGGCUUACUGGACUGGCUUCAAGUCUCCUGAGCAGAUUUCACGCGUCCGCAACACUGGGGUUAAUCCAGGGGUGCUGAAACGUGUUGGACAGGCAAUUACUACUUUACCUGAAGACUUCAAGCCCCACAGGGCAGUGAAGAAGAUUUUUGAGCAGCGUGCAGCAAUGAUCGAGAGCGGUGAAGGAAUUGAUUGGGCCGUUGCUGAAGCCCUUGCCUUUGCAACACUCAUUGUGGAAGGCAACCAUGUUAGGCUGAGUGGACAGGACGUGGAAAGAGGAACUUUUAGCCACCGUCAUGCAGUUCUGCAUGACCAGGAAAACGGGAGGAAACAUUGCCCACUUGACCAUGUUGUGAUGAAUCAAAACGAGGAGCUGUUUACCGUUAGCAACAGUUCACUUUCAGAAUUUGCUGUUCUUGGUUUUGAAAUGGGGUACUCCAUGGAGAACCCUAAUUCACUAGUGCUCUGGGAAGCUCAGUUUGGUGACUUUUCCAAUGGUGCACAAGUGAUGUUUGACCAGUUUUUGAGUAGUGGAGAGGCAAAAUGGCUGCGUCAAACUGGCCUUGUCGUUCUACUGCCUCAUGGUUAUGAUGGCCAAGGCCCAGAGCAUUCCAGUGCCCGUUUGGAGCGCUUUCUUCAGAUGAGUGAUGAUAAUCCUUUUGUCAUACCUGAGAUGGAACCAACACUCCGCAAGCAGAUCCAGGAGUGUAAUUGGCAAGUUGUGAACGUGACAACGCCUGCAAACUAUUUCCAUGUGCUGCGUCGUCAGAUACAUAGGGAGUUCCGGAAGCCCCUGAUUGUAAUGGCCCCCAAGAACCUACUUCGGCACAAGGAUUGCAAGUCAAAUCUCUCUGAGUUUGAUGAUGUUGAAGGCCAUCCAGGUUUCGAUAAGCAAGGAACACGCUUCAAGCGGUUGAUAAAGGACCGGAAUGACCACAAGCAAGUCGAGGAGGGUAUCAAACGCCUUGUAUUGUGUUCUGGGAAGGUGUACUAUGAGCUUGAUGAAGAACGGAAGAAGACUGAACGCAGUGAUGUUGCAAUUUGCAGAGUUGAACAACUUUGUCCAUUCCCAUAUGAUCUUAUCCAGAGAGAGCUAAAAAGAUAUCCAAAUGCGGAGAUUGUCUGGUGCCAAGAGGAACCCAUGAAUAUGGGCGCAUAUAGUUACAUCUCCCCUCGCCUGUACGCCUCUAUGAAGACUCUUGGGCGUGGUUCAUUCGAUGACAUCAAGUAUGUGGGCAGGGCGCCUUCAGCUGCGACAGCUACUGGCUUCCUGUCGGUUCAUGCGCAGGAGCAGACAGAGCUGGUAAAGAAAGCACUGCAGGCAGAGCCUAUCAAGUUCCCCUGAUAUGAUGCAUCUGUGGUUUCCACUUGGUGCUUAUACUUGUGCAAGACAAGUGUGUGCGAGCUCAGCUCGUCCAGCCUUUGCACACAUACCAUACCAUCUUAAAAGUUUUGCUAUGUAUUUACAAGCUACUGUUUCUCUAGCUUGUUUGAGGCGAUUCGAUUUGAAUGUCGUGAAUAAUGCACUAUUUGAGCCUUCUUAUCGUUGAGGAGGAACCUGUUUCGACGUGAGCAACAAAUUUUGCAAUAUAGUAGAAGCUUUAGCUUCCUUUCUUUUUUCUCUUGA